AUGAGCUUCCGUCUGCUAGCAAAUUCCCACCGGUUGAUGCUUUUAAAACCGCGGAAUCGACUGAAUCAAAUGGCUUCCCACUUCUCCAGCGGCUCUGGGAUCUCCCUCGCCGAGCUGCCCAAAUCUAAUACGUUCACUUCUAAACUACCUGCUGACCCGGCCUUUGAAACUCCCGAGUCCUCGCAUAAUGCGCCUCGGGAAACCCUGGGCCCUCGCAUGGUCAAAGGGGCCUUGUUCACCUAUGUUCGCCCCGAGCAAGCCGAAGGGUCGGAGCUACUGAGUGUUAGCUCGAAAGCCAUGCAAGACCUAGGACUGAAGGCCGGAGAAGAGCAAACUUCGCAGUUUAAGGCAUUGGUCGCGGGAAAUGAGAUUUGGUGGAAUGAGGAACAAGGCGGAAUCUACCCGUGGGCGCAGUGUUACGGAGGUUGGCAAUUUGGUUCAUGGGCCGGACAACUCGGAGACGGGCGUGCAAUCAGCCUCUUUGAAUGCACAAACCCGCAAACAAACACGCGGUAUGAGCUGCAACUGAAGGGCGCCGGCAGAACGCCCUAUUCGCGAUUUGCGGACGGCAAGGCCGUGCUUCGAUCAAGUAUCCGAGAAUUUGUGGUCUCAGAAGCCCUCAAUGCCCUUGGAAUUCCAACCACUCGUGCCCUCUCACUUACCUCGGUCCCAAAUGCCAAGGUUUUGCGAGAGCGUCUUGAGCCGGGUGCGAUCGUUGCCCGGUUUGCCGAGUCUUGGUUGCGAAUUGGCACAUUCGAUCUUCUCCGCGUUCGUGGAGAUCGUGAGCUGAUGCGACAACUGGCAACUUACGUCGCAGAAGAUGUGUUUGGAGGGUGGGACACUCUUCCCGCCAUUGUGUCACUGCGCGAUCAGUUGUCAUCUGCUGAAGUUGACAGCCCUGCGAGGGGAAUUUCCAGUGACAAAGUGCAGGAGCACCAAGAUGUACAAGAGAACCGGUUUGCCAGACUCUACCGGGAGAUUGCUCGUCGCAAUGCAAAGACGGUGGCUGCAUGGCAGGCGUACGGCUUCAUGAACGGUGUACUGAAUACAGACAACACAUCGAUCUAUGGUCUAUCACUGGAUUAUGGUCCUUUUGCAUUCAUGGACAAUUUCGAUCCUGCAUACACCCCUAACCAUGAUGACCACAUGUUGCGGUACAGCUACCGAAACCAACCCAGCAUCAUAUGGUGGAAUUUGGUUCGGCUCGGCGAGUCGCUUGGUGAGCUGAUCGGAGCUGGCAGCCGGGUAGACGACGAGAGCUUCGUCAAAGUUGGGGUUUCCGAGACGCUAGAGCCGGAACUGAUCAAACGCGCAGAGAACAUCAUCGAGCGCACAGGCGAAGAAUUCCGAGCAGUCUUCUUGAAUGAAUACAAGCGACUGAUGUCCCAAAGGCUUGGGCUUAAGACGCAGGUUGAGUCCGAUUUCCAGACGCUUUUCUCGGAGAUGCUGGACACGCUUGAAGCACUUGAGUUAGAUUUUAAUCACUUCUUCCGCCGUCUUUCGGGCAUUUCGCUGUCCCAAUUGGAGACUGAAGCAAGCCGAAAAGAGGUGGCAUCCAUAUUCUACCAUGCUGAAGGCUUUGGUGGAAUUGGAUACACCGACGAUACAGCUAGGGAUCGCAUUGCAAAAUGGCUUGAUAGCUGGCGAGCUCGAGUCCUCGAAGACUGGGGUCCGGGAGCUGACGAGCAAAGACAGACCGCUAUGAAAUCAGUCAACCCUAAUUUCGUUCCUCGUGGCUGGAUUCUUGACGAGGUCAUUGAGCGCGUCGAGCGCAAGGGAGAUCGAGAGAUCCUUGACCGGGUCAUGGCAAUGUCUCUGGACCCGUUCAAGGACCAAUGGGGUGUUCACAAGGAAGAGGAAGAGCGCUUCUGUGGGGACGUACCCAAGUACAAGAGAGCCAUGAUGUGCAGUUGCAGUUCUUAG